UUGGGUGAAUCGUUACAGUUUGGACUCUGGGCACUGCUUGUACUGCGACAGAAGGGCUCCACACACACACGCACACUCUGCCACUGGCCACCAUUAUAGUUGGGAAUAUCACACUCCAAUGGCGUCCUUACCUCCCACCGGCAUGUGGAACUCCACUGAGUUGCUCCUCAACACCUCACAGGGGAACAUCUCGCUGGCGCACCCUGAGGAGGGUGCGCACCCCUUCCUCACUGACGCCUGGUUAGUGCCUUUGUUUUUCACCCUCAUCAUGCUUCUGGGUUUGCUGGGAAAUUCACUGGUCAUCUACGUGGUCUCUAAACACCGACAGAUGAGGACGGCCACCAACUUCUACAUCGCUAACCUGGCCCUCACAGACAUCCUCUUCCUUGUGUGUUGUGUGCCCUUCACCGCUGCCCUCUACCCGCUGCCCAGUUGGAUCUUUGGAAGCUUCAUGUGCAAAUUUGUUGCUUUCCUUCAGCAGGUCACUGUUCAGGCCACCUGCAUCACCCUCACAGCUAUGAGUGGGGACAGAUGUUAUGCCACCGUGUGCCCACUCAAAUCACUGCGCCAUCGCACACCUCGUGUGGCCAUGGGCGUGAGCGUAUGCAUCUGGAUUGGGUCCUUCAUUGUUUCCACUCCCAUAUUCAUGUAUCAGAAGGUUGAGGAGGGCUACUGGUACGGCCCCAGGCACUACUGCACAGAGAAGUUCCCCUCCAAGAGCCUGGAGAAGGCCUUCACGCUGUACCAGUUCAUAGCUGUCUACCUGCUGCCUGUAUUCACCAUCUCAUUCUGCUAUGCUUUAAUGCUCAAGCGCGUUGGUCAGCCUGCUGUGGAGCCUGUUGAUAACAACUCUCUGGUCCACUUGGUAUCAGAGAGGACAGUUGCUAUCAGGAGUAAGGUCUCCAGGAUGGUUGUAGUCAUUGUCUUACUUUUCACAGUCUGCUGGGGCCCAAUUCAGCUCUUCAUCCUCUUCCAGUCUUUCUACCCAAACUAUAAACCCAACUAUGCCACCUACAAAAUAAAAACUUGGGCCAACUGCAUGUCUUAUGCCAACUCAUCCAUCAAUCCCAUUGUAUACGGGUUCAUGGGUGCUGGCUUCCGCAAAUCCUUCAAAAAGGCCUUUCCGUUCCUCUUCAGACGCAAAGUGAGAGACAGCAGCGUGAGUUCAGGGACUGCCAAUGCUGAGAUCAAAUUUAUCACGACAGAAAUGAGCAACAGAGCAGAAAUGAGCACUGGGCAGCAGGGGGCAUAAGAAGCGGCGAGACACAAAGCACACAUACACGGGGCACCAAGCUGGGAUAAACGAUAUACAGUUAGACCACAGAGAGACACAAAGCACACACACACACACACAGCACCAAGCGGGGCACCAAGUGGGGUACCAAGUGGGGAUAAGUGAUAUACAGAUAGACCACUGAGAGACACAAAGCACACACACACACACACACGCAGCACCAAGCGGGGCACCAAGUAGGGCACCAAGUGGGGAUAAGCGAUAUACAGAUAGACCACUGAGAGACACAAAGCACACACACACACACACACACACACACACGCAGCACCAAGCAGGGCACCAAGUGGGGAUAAGCGAUAUACAGAUAGACCACUGAGAGACGCAAAGCACACACACACACACACACACACGCAGCACCAAGCGAGGCACCAAGUAGGGCACCAAGUGGGGAUAAGCGAUAUACAGAUAGACCACUGAGAGACGCAAAGCACACACACACACACACACACACACACACACACGCAGCACCAAGCGGGGCACCAAGUGGGGUACCAAGUGGGGAUAAGUGAUAUACAGAUAGACUACUGAGAGACACAAAGCACACACACACACACACGCAGCACCAAGCGGGGCACCAAGUAGGGCACCAAGUGGGGAUAAGCGAUAUACAGAUAGACCACUGAGAGACACAAAGCACACACACACACACACACACACGCAGCACCAAGCAGGGCACCAAGUGGGGAUAAGCGAUAUACAGAUAGACCACUGAGAGACGCAAAGCACACACACACAGACACACACACGCAGCACCAAGCGAGGCACCAAGUAGGGCACCAAGUGGGGAUAAGCGAUAUACAGAUAGACCACUGAGAGACGCAAAGCACACACACACACACACACACACGCAGCACCAAGCGGGGCACCAAGUGGGGUACCAAGUGGGGAUAAGCGAUAUACAGAUAGACCACUGAGAGACACAAAGCACACACACA